AUGGCGGAGGCGGCUCCGCUGCUCGUGGCAGGCGAGGACGGGGCUGCCGAAGAGCUCGUGGAGGUGGUGGGCCUCCCGCCGCCUGGGCCUGAUGAUCUGGCCAAUGAGAUGGAAGAUGUGGAUUUAAAAGCAGAAGAGGUUGCUCGGGAGACAGAGGAGGAAGAUGAGGGGGUGGAGGAAGGCAUGGAGGCUCAAGAUGAUAGUGAGGUCACAUUUUCAAAGCACACAGCUUCUGUUUUUUGUGUUGGUAUUGAUCCCAAGACCAACACAUUGACAGUGACAGGUGGAGAAGAUGACAAGGCUUAUGUAUGGUGCCUCAGUGAUGGUGAGCUCCUCUUUGAAUGCUCAGGUCACAAAGACUCUGUCACUUGUGCUGGUUUCAGUCAUGACUCCACAUUCGUGGCCACAGGUGAUAUGAGUGGACUGAUUAAAGUAUGGCAGGUGGACACCAAAGAGGAGAUCUGGUCUUUUGAAGUGGGUGAUUUAGAGUGGAUGGAGUGGCAUCCCCAGGCCUCUGUCCUCCUAGCUGGCACAGCUGAUGGCAAUUCAUGGAUGUGGAAGAUCCCUGGUGGAGAGUGCAAGACAUUUCAAGGGCCAAACUGUCCAGCCACAUGUGGGCAUGUCCUCCCUGACGGGAAGAGAGUUGUGAUUGGUUACGAAGAUGGGACUGUGCGCUUCUGGGAUCUGAAGCAAGGCAGCUCUCUGCAUGUCUUAAAAGGUCCAGAUGGGCACCAGGGCCCUUUGACUUGUGUAGCCAGCAAUAAGGAUGGCAGCCUAGUCCUGACCGGCUCUGUUGACUGCCAUGCCAAGUUAGUGAACUCUGCAACUGGCAAGGUUGCCUUUGUGUUCAAAGCAGAAAGCUUCGUCCCCAAGCCUUCAGCAAGCAGGUCUGAAGAAGCUGAAUCCAACUCGGUUGAGUCCCUGGGCUUCUGCAAUGUAAUGCCAUUGGCAGCUGUUGGCUACUUGGAUGGGACCUUGGCUAUUUAUGACCUCGCCACGCAGACCCUGAGACACAAGUGUCAACACGAGUCAGGGAUUGUGCGGCUCCUGUGGGAAGAGGACUCGCCCGUGGUCUACACCUGCAGCCUGGAUGGUGCUGUUUACCUCUGGGAUGCGCGCUCUGGCAAGCUGAUCAGCGAGUAUCGGGGCCACUCGGCUGAAAUCCUGGACUUUGCUUUGAACAAAGAUGCUUCCAUUGUGGUCACCACUUCUGGGGAUCACCAGGCCAAGGUGUUCUGUGUGCAGCGCCCUGAUCGCUAACAGUGCUUUUGUCGGGCUGUG